AUGGGGGCUGUUGCUGGGAAUAGGACUUCUUUUGUAUACUGUAGUAGUGCUUCAUAUUUGUUGUAUUUCAGGCAAGUAUUGAGAAAAUUGUAUGAGAACAAGAAGAUCGCCAAUGCCACUCACAACAUGUACGCCUACCGCUUUACCCCCGAGGGAUCCACCAAUGUGAACCAAAACUGUGAAGAUGAUGGAGAAAUUCAUGCGGGAGGUCGCCUCCUGCACCUCCUCCAGAUCCUUGAUGCCAAAGAUGUGUUGGUGGUGGUGACAAGAUGGUAUGGCGGUAUACACCUUGGGCCAGACAGGUUCAAGCAUAUCAACAAUUCUGCACGACAAAUUUUAGACUCUUGUGGUUAUAUCAGUACACACAGUGAUAAAAAUAAGAAAAAUAAAAAAGUUAAAUAGUAAA